CCUCUUCCCUCUCUCUUUCUUCUCCCGGUCUCAUCUCCCCUCUCCCUCUGCUCCUUCCUCCUGCCUUAGCAGAACUUAUGUGGCUGGGAUGCGGGGCUCUCGGGUGUCAAAACUUUGAAGAUUAAUGGAUUACUUUGUUAAUGACUGCAGGCGUCAGACUGAGGUGCUUAAAUGAUUUGUGAGGUGCGAGGCGUCUUCCCGACAGUCCCAAACAAUGCGCGGAGUGUGCGGGGGAGGCAGAGGGCGGCCGCCGGCGGGCCCGGCAGCAGGGCUCACACUCGCACACACUCACACUCCACACACUCCCAGGCGCACACACCAGAUCUGUGCUAAUCAGGAGGCAGGAAGGCACCCUCGCCCCCACGCACUCCCGGGCAUCCCCACCCACACCCACAUAUAUGUAUUUUUGCCCUGAAAAAAGUGUAAAUAAAGCCUCGCUGGCCCCCAAUGAGGCGUUCCUUCCCGACUUUUUUGGAUCAAUCAAACAGACAGUGGCUUCUUUUGAUUAAAGCCCAAAUUGUCAUUGGGCAGAAGCAAUCAUGUGACAGCCAAUUCGGUCCAAUUUCAACCUUGUCUCCAUGAAUUCAAUAGUUUAAUAGUAGCGCGGUCCCCAUACGGCUGUAAUCAGUGAAUUAGAAAAAAAACACCCCAGCAGCGAUCUUCUAUGAUAGAUUUUUUUUUCCCUCUGCUCUCGCCUUUUUCCUGGGCCUUGCCCCCCCAAAGCCCCUCCAGAAGAGGGAACUUUUUCUCCGAGGGGGCUCCAAGGAGAAGGCCAUGAAUUACGAAUUUGAGCGAGAGAUUGGUUUUAUCAAUAGCCAGCCGUCGCUCGCUGAGUGCCUGACAUCUUUUCCCCCUGUCGCUGAUACAUUUCAAAGUUCAUCAAUCAAGACCUCGACGCUUUCACACUCGACACUGAUUCCUCCUCCUUUUGAGCAGACCAUUCCCAGCCUGAACCCGGGCAGUCACCCUCGCCACGGCGCUGGCGGCCGCCCCAAGCCGAGCCCCGCGGGCAGCCGCGGCAGCCCAGUGCCCGCCGGCGCCCUGCAGCCGCCCGAGUACCCCUGGAUGAAGGAGAAGAAGGCGGCCAAGAAAACCACGCUGCCGCCCGCCUCUGCCGCCGCCGCCGCCGCCGCCGCCACCGGCCCUGCCUGCCUCAGCCACAAAGAAUCCCUGGAAAUCGCCGAUGGCAGCGGCGGGGGCUCGAGGCGCCUGAGAACUGCUUACACCAACACACAGCUUUUAGAGCUGGAAAAAGAAUUUCAUUUCAACAAGUACCUUUGCAGACCCCGAAGGGUGGAAAUUGCAGCACUGCUGGAUUUGACUGAGAGACAAGUGAAAGUGUGGUUUCAGAACCGGAGGAUGAAGCACAAGAGGCAGACCCAGUGCAAGGAGAACCAAAACAGCGAAGGGAAAUUUAAAAGCCUGGAAGACUCUGAGAAAGUGGAGGAGGACGAGGAGGAGAAGUCGCUCUUUGAGCAAGCCCUCAGCGUCUCCGGGGCCCUUCUGGAGAGGGAAGGUUACACUUUUCAGCAAAAUGCCCUCUCUCAGCAGCAGGCUCCCAAUGGACACAAUGGCGACUCCCAAAGUUUCCCAGUUUCGCCUCUAACCAGCAAUGAGAAAAAUCUGAAACAUUUUCAGCACCAGUCACCCACUGUUUCUAACUGCUUGUCAACAAUGGGCCAGAACUGUGGCUCUGGCCUAAACAAUGACAGUCCCGAGGCCCUCGAGGUCCCCUCUUUGCAGGACUUUAACGUUUUUUCCACAGAUUCCUGCCUGCAGCUUUCAGAUGCUGUCUCGCCCAGUUUGCCAGGUUCCCUGGACAGUCCCGUAGAUAUUUCAGCUGACAGCUUUGACUUUUUUACAGACACACUCACCACAAUCGACUUGCAGCAUCUGAAUUACUAAAAACAUUAAAGCAAAACAAAGCAUCACAAAACAAAAACCCCUUUGACCAGGUGGUUUGGCCUUCUUUUAUUCCGAGAGAGUUGAUUUUUAUUUUCUUUUCUUCUUGACCUACCCUCUCUGUCCUCUAAAUGUGCAAGAUUUUCUGUUUAGUGAGUCUCCUGGUCCAGUUUCAGAGCCAUCUUUUACAGAUUAUUUUGGAGUUUUAGUUGUUCUAAAUUGAAUCCAACUACCCUCUGUGAUUUUCUGAAAGCAAUAUAUGAGGCCUGCAAGAAAGUGAUCAUAUAAUUGUAUCUUCACUUUCUUUUUAUUUUUGUAUUACCUUAGGAUGCAUUGUCAUGAGUAUUUUUGGUAGAAUAAAUUCUCCUUUGCUAUAAGUAGCUUUCUUAUUUUUUUUUUCUUCCCCCCCUCUUUCUCAAGGCUUAUAACGGUUUCUUUUUCCUCCUUUAGUCUAACUUGGUAAAUAAAAUUCUGGUCACAAUUCAUCUUCUUUUUUCAAUUUUAAUAUAUUUAUUAAGGGGGCAUGUUCAAAGUCUUCAGUAGACACCAACGAAAAGAAAGCCAGAAAAUGGUUAGGACUUCCAAGAAGUAUUUUUCUUUUUCUUUUUUUUCCUUUCUUUUUAAAGGGAAUGGAUUUGGUUUUUUAGUGUAGAGGUUCAAGCCAUAGAUUUAAAUUGGUAAUAGAAGCGGGAUUGGGCAGCCUCAGAGUUGGGCCAAGCCCAAGCCUUUGAAAGUGGAGAAAUAAAGUGCCUACAGAAACCCCAACUCCAGGAAGGAGAAACAUGGAGUUUCUUUAACAAGCUACCAGUCUUCAGGUCAAUAACUAAGUUAUCAACAAUUCAUUUAUUUAUACACAUUUGUUUCAAACAUCUACAUUCCAACCCCUCCCCCACAAUCCCGUAAACAUUUUCAGUGUGGUUGAUUAGUCUCCCAGCUGUUGAUGGGUCCAGGCAAACAGACCUAAAAGGUAGAGAAAAACAAAAACAAAACAAAACAAUGGUUACUGGCUGGAAAAUGCA